AGAACUACGCACUUAUCACUCUUACAUCUGAAGAUAACAGCCGUUUCUGUGAACCAGUUAGAGUACCUGGAGUGCCAGGUACCUUUGAACGAGCGUAUGUUCUCCAGAAAAUCAAAGAUGGAGACAAAAUUCCAAACUGCACUGAAGAGAUUUUGCGAGAAACCUCAGUACAGAGAGCUACUGACAUUGAGAAAAUCUUGCUCAGCUUGCCUCCAUCAUUCAGAUCAUAUGCUCUCUGGAUUCAUCAUGACAAGACCACUGGUCAGAACUUUCAGGUCAAUAUUCAGAGCACUUUUGGAAGUAUGGUUGAAAGAUUGAAAACUUUCCCUCACCUCAAUGUGACCCCACCUCUACAUCUGAAGGAUCUAGGACAGAGAGAGGUCCGCCUUGUUCUGCUGAGUGAAGACAACCUUGGUGUUUAUCUGUAUAAAGACAAAGGAUCCGCAGAUAUGAUCAGAGUGCACGAUUGUCUGGAUGGUAAAGAGAAAACAUUGGAUGUGAAUGUACUGGCAGCCAUGACUGGUGACCAUAGAGAGGACCAAUUACUUGUCACAACUAGGACUCCAAAAGAGGCCAUACUGGUCCUGAUAGACACAAGUUCGUCCAUGGACGAGGAGUGCUACAGAAAUACAGGAAUAAAGAAAAUUAACGCUGUGAAAGAGCUCUUUGACAACUUUGCGUCAAGAAGCAUGGCUUAUGAUUUCCACCAUGUCAUUGGCCUUGUGAAGUUCGACUCCAUGGUGAAAACGCUUCACACAUUUACUGAAAAUCUGGAAAAGUUCAAGGAGCACAUACGUAACCUUGAGCCAAAUGGAUGUACUCUGCUGUAUGAUGCCCUACGACGUGCAGUGUCUGAGUUAGAAAAGGUCAAGACAAAGUUCCCAGAUUGUAGACUUCGCGCCAUGUGUCUCACGGAUGGAAAUGAUUCUGGAUCCUCGAUAGAGCCAGUUGCAGUUACAGCCAAACUGCUCAAAUGUGACAUCAUUGUAGAUUCAAUCCUUCUUGGAGAUGUGGAGAACAACAUGCUGCACGGAAUCAGCAACGCAACAGGUGGUUGCUGUUUCAAACCGCAGACAACCAAAGAGGGUUUGAAGCUGUUUGAGAUUGAGACAGUUCUGUCUUUGGAGCAGAGGAAACCCAAGAAAAAACUUGACCCAUCCUCUAUCAGUGAGCAUGCUUUAACAGGCAUCUUUGCAGCUCAUGGAUAUGAUGAAUAUCCAGAGACAUCUUUACCAAGCCAGAUGAACAACAAAGUGACAGGGACAGAGAGUGCUCUGAAAAAGCGGCUUCUGGAGUCGAAGGACAGGCGUUUAAUGGAGAAGGACAAACGUGUCCUGGAGGAGCUGAAGAGCCUGCAUUGUGACCCUCAUCCCUUCUUCAGAGUCUUUCCAUCAGAGUCAGACUUUAUGUUCUGGAGGAUUCUCAUGCAAGGCCCUCCUGACACACCGUAUGGAAAAGGAGUGUUUGAGCUGUACUGCCAGUUUGGUCCUGACUACCCAGUGAAGCCUCCACUUGUUCGCUUUGUCACAGGAGUGUACCACUGCAAUGUCAACAGCGUGGGCCGCAUCUGCCACAGCAUAUUUGACCGUAGCUACAAUGCCCAUAUUACCAUGAGAGAGAUCUUUGAUGCUGUGUAUGGACUGCUCAUCAUCCCUGAGCCUGAUGAUCCACUGGACAGCAUUUUGGCUGAGGAGUUCCUGACAAACCGUGAGACGUAUGAACAAGAAGCCAAGAAACACACAGAGCAAACUGCAGGACAAUCACUGGAUGACAUGGAGAAGAAAUUGGUGGAUUCUGUGCCACAGUUUAUACCGCGACAUCUAAUCUGUCCACUCACCAAGAAAAUGUUUGUUGAUCCUGUGAAAACCGUGUAUGGCACUGUGUAUGAACGCAAGGCCAUUGAGGAACACCUGAAGCAACACAAGCAUGACCCUAUGGCUGGCCCAGGACAUGACCUUGAGCUUAGCGACCUUACAGCAGACUGGGAUAUGAAGAAAAUGGUGAUGGAUUAUCGAUCUCAUCAAAUUCAGUGAAUCUUUGGAGAAAAACGUUGGAGUUAAAGCUCUGUAGUUUUGUGUUGGUGUUAAAAGAAAAUUAACCAGUUACUCUUCAUAUUUUUCUAUCUAGUUCAUUUUAUUUAAUCUUCCUUUAAAGCCUGUCAUGUUGAAAAUGCAUAUUUCUGAGCACAGCGUGCAAUAGCACACAAAUUAUGAGUAGUUUGAAUUGUGUUUAUUGUAUAUAACUUGUCAGCCAUUGUCAGUGACAUGGUGCUUCUCUCACACAAACCCCAGAAAAUUACCCAAUUAGAAAAGCCUGAAUACAUUCGCACUAAUUUGUCCCUGAAAAUUGAUUUAAUAUAUACUUGAUAAGCCUAUUCGUGUACAGUAUAUGUCUUUCAUAACUUUUCCACAUUUUGAAUUCAUUAUCACAUAAUUUGACAAGCGAAUACAAUUCUAAAAACGUAAAUGUCAUAAUAAUAAACUUAAUGUAGCCUCAAAUGUUUCUUACUGAAUAUAAAAGUGAAUCUUUGGCUAUUUUGACCAGUUGUUUUUGUCCAGACGGGAGCACUAAGUGGACAGUGAUAGCAAUUUGGGUUUCUCUGCUGUCUGACAUAAUUAUUUAGAGAUGAUUAUUGCUUUGAUUUUUUUUUGGGUUGGUCAAUAUUUUUUCCAUAUUGUCAGUUAUGUCUAUGCACAGUUUAGCAACUUAAGCAAUUUCAAAAAUUAUGAAUCACUUUGUAUUGUUGAAUAAAAGUUCAAGUUUA